AUGCUAUAUGAGCCUGAAGAAGAAUAUGCUGAGGCUAAACCUGAGGAAACAGAAGCUGUUCUGUCACUGGUGUUGGAGAUUUCCAUGCGCCGUCCCCAGGCUGAUCAAGAUAAGGUUUCUGCUAAUGCAAAAGACCUUGUAAAGAAGAUGCUCAACCCUGACCCCAAGCAGCGGCUUACAGCACAAGAAGUAUUAGAUCAUCCUUGGUUACAGAAUGCCAAGAACGCUCCAAAUGUGUCUUUGGGUGAAACCGUGAGGGCAAGGCUCAAGCAAUUCUCCAUGAUGAACAAAUUGAAGAAAAGAGCUCUAAGGGUGAUUGCCGAGCAUUUAUCGGCGGAGGAAGUGGCAGGCAUAAAGGAAGGAUUCCAAUUGAUGGAUACCGGCAACAAGGGGAAGAUUGACCUUAAUGAGUUGAGAGCUGGGUUGCACAAGCUCGGGCAUCAGAUCCCAGAUGCCGAUAUUCAAGUUCUUAUGGAAGUAGUAAGUACUUUAGUUAGAAACUUGUUGGGCUUAAGCAUGCUUGGUUAUGCAUAA